AAGUCUGCCCAGCUUUGGGGAGGAGGAAGAGAGACAGUCCCGCACCGAGAGAGCGCGAUGGAGGUGACUACCGACCAGCCGCGGUGGGUCAGCCACCAUCACCCCGCGGUGCUGAAUGGGCAGCAUCCGGACUCCCACCACCCAGGGCUCGGCCAUUCCUACAUGGAUCCAACUCAGUACCCGCUGGCCGAGGAGGUGGAUGUACUUUUUAACAUCGACGGACAAGGGAAUCACGUCCCUUCCUAUUAUAGCAACUCGGUCCGAGCCACGGUGCAGAGGUACCCGCCGGCCCAUCACGGGAGCCAGGUGUGUCGCCCACCGCUUCUCCACGGAUCUCUCCCUUGGCUGGACGGGAGCAAACCCCUAGGGGGCCACCACAGUGCGUCUCCUUGGAACCUGAGUCCCUUCUCCAAGACCUCGAUCCAUCACAGCUCUCCGGGACCCCUCUCCGUCUACCCGCCGGCUUCCUCCUCCGCUUUAUCAGCCGGCCACUCCAGUCCGCACCUUUUCACCUUCCCUCCGACCCCUCCCAAAGAUGUCUCCCCGGAUCCCUCCAUCUCCACCCCGGGAUCCACCGGCUCCAGCCGGCAGGACGAGAAGGAAUGCAUCAAGUACCAGGUGUCCCUGGCUGACACCAUGAAGUUGGAGUCCUCUCACUCCCGCAGCACCAUGGCAUCGCUAGGAGGGGCCUCCUCUUCCGCUCACCACCCCAUCACCACCUACCCGCCCUACGUCCCAGAAUAUGGCUCUGGACUCUUCCCCCCCAGCAGCCUCCUCGGGGGCUCGCCUACCGGGUUUGGGUGCAAAUCAAGACCAAAAGCACGCUCCAGUACAGAAGGCAGGGAGUGUGUAAACUGUGGCGCUACCUCAACCCCCCUGUGGAGGAGAGAUGGCACCGGGCAUUAUCUGUGUAACGCCUGUGGACUCUAUCACAAAAUGAACGGGCAGAACCGGCCCCUGAUUAAGCCCAAGAGAAGGCUGUCUGCAGCAAGACGGGCGGGCACAUCCUGUGCAAACUGUCAGACCACCACCACCACGCUGUGGAGGAGAAAUGCCAAUGGUGAUCCCGUCUGUAACGCCUGCGGGCUCUAUUACAAGCUGCACAAUAUUAACAGACCCCUGACUAUGAAGAAAGAAGGAAUUCAGACCAGAAACCGAAAAAUGUCUAGCAAAUCCAAAAAGUGCAAAAAAGUCCACGACAACCUGGAAGAUUUCCCCAAGAGCAGCUCCUUUAACCCCGCCGCCCUCUCCAGACACAUGUCCUCCAUCAGCCACAUUUCACCUUUUAGUCACUCUAGCCACAUGCUGACUACGCCGACACCGAUGCACCCGCCAUCCAGCCUCUCUUUCGGACCUCAUCAUCCUUCCAGCAUGGUCACUGCCAUGGGUUAGAGACAGACUCCCCCUGCUGAAUGCUUACGGUCUCAAAAUGAGAUUUACUUUAUAUACUUGCAUUUUUGCAGGCGUGCGGUUAUCCAUUUGAAGCCCAAAACAAAUGGAUAAAAAUUAAAAAAAAAAAAAGUUAUUUGAAGGCAUAAAAGAAAAAAAAAAGGAAAACAAAAGUGAUGUUUGCCACUUUUUAAAGGAACUCACUAUGGUGUCUGUAUUCUCAACCUCUGAAUCUGGACUCCAUCUGUGAAUAAGCCAUUCAGACUCAUAUUCCCUAUUUAACAGGGUCUCUAGUGCUGUGAAAAAAAAAAGCUGAACAUUGCAUAUAACUUAUAUUGUAAGGAAUACUGUACAUUUGAGGAAGACUUUAUUGCAUCUGGGUAAGCUGUAAAGACAGGCAUGAAGGACUCAGAGGAAAAAUUUUUUAAAGGCGGAUGGGGAGGAGAAUAAAAAUGCCGACUGAGAAGAACCAGAUCUAACGAACGAAUGGACAAACCGCCAGUCGUGUCUUCUCUCUCUCUCUCUCUCUGGCUGGCUCAAAUUGUUUGAUGCAUUAACUAACUAACUAACUAAAAGCUGUAGGCAGAUCAUUCAUUCAAGGCACCAGGCCUUCUACAUAGGAAGUAAUAAUGGUUUUGGGGCAAUCAGUGUUAACAUAUGGAUUUGCCAGUGAGGGUUUUCAGAUAGCCAUUCUUCAGGCCUAUAUGCAUUGUGAACAAGUUCCUGUAAUUGUUGUUUGUAUGUAUAAUUCAAAGCACCAAAUUAAGAAAGAUGUAGAUUUAUUUCAUCCUAUAAUACAGACUGAAUGGUUGUAUAAAUUUAUUUACUGCUAGUGUUAAGACCUGUUUUUUUUUUUUUUUUUUGUUUUGUUUUGUU